GUGACAAUGUAAAGUUCAGCGGGUACAAUUUUGGACGUGUACCGCCCACCUAGACCAGACCAGGCACCACAACCCCAUAGCAUCGACACUCCUUGAUGGCAGCAACAAUCUCCAGCAGCCUGAUACAGGAACACACUCAAAAAACAUGACGAACAUCACAAGGUGUCGACCUGGCUCCAAUUUCACUAGACCCCAAAUUCUGAUGAUCGGAUGAUCCACAGAGACCCCUCCCCUAGGACUUAAAUGCCCCCACCAACAACAUCCUGUUGCCAGACAAGGCCCACGUCCACUCUCCGAUGACUCACAACUGUUUUGGAGGCACAAGGGAAAACUACACAAUAUUAGGAAGGCAGUCAUAAUGCUAUGCCAGGUCUUUUUUUUUUUUUGUUAGCCUUUGAUGGCUUUAUUUUGACAGAUCUUAGUGGAGAAAGACAGGAGAUGAUGGGGUGACGGAGAGGGGAAGCCACGCAGCAAAGGGUCCAGGCUACGCCUCCUCAGUAAAUACUGAAGCCCAGUUUAUGGGACACUCGCUCAGUCAGAUCAGCUGUAACGACACCUUUUACAAGAAUCCAAAGUAUCAUUCGCUGCGUGCAUUAUGAAACAUCAAACAAGUGCAACCAGCUUCUCGUCGUCCUGAUCUGUGUCUUCAGUCAGUGAGAUGUCUCUGGCUCAGAGGGUUUUGUUAACCUGGGUCUUCACCCUGGUUUUUCUCAUCAUGCUAGUGCUCAAACUGGAUGGAAAGGUGCAGUGGAACUGGUUCCUCAUCUUCCUCCCGGUCUGGGUCUUUGAUGGCAUCCUCAUCCUCAUGCUUGCCAUCAAGAUGGCCGGCCGUUGCAAACCCGGGUACGACCCGCGUAACGGCUCGCCGGACCUGCGCCUGCGCACCUGGUACCUGACGGCCAUGCUGCUCAAGCUGGGCUUCUGCCUGACGCUGUGCGCCAAGCUGGAAAAGCUGGCCGACCUGAAGCUGACGUUUGUGUGCAUACCGCUGUGGACCAUGCUGCUGGGGGCACUGGUGGAACUGGGCCUGAAUAUUUUCCCUGAAAGGAGAGAGGCUUAACCACAUUAAGACCUCGGCAGGAACGACUGCGCCACUGAUAAAACAUGUAAAAAAUGUAAUUCCGGGGAUGACUGUGGCACAAAUAAGAAUCUGGUCAUCGCUCAGUUGUUAAUUUGGGAAAAAAAAGUUACUUGAUGUAAAAAUGAGAAACAGUUCAGAACUCAGUGGACUGUGCAGAGCUGGGACUCUGCAAAAAAAAAAAAAAAGGUUCAUAUAAAAUAGCUUAAAAAUAAGGCUCUAUUUUGUAUGGGAGCAGCUGCAUCAGUGUGAAGACAACACUGGAAAAGCAUCCUCUGUUGUGUGGUUUCGCAUUUAAGAUGUCCAGUAUUGUUCUCCAGUGUUUAUUUUUAUUGUAUAUGAGCGACCGCAGCUGUGGGAGGGAGGAAGUGAACGGCGAACUUUGACUUCCUGCACUUAAUCUUGACAAAUGCUUACAGAGUGUAAUUUUUUUCCUUCUCAUUCCUGAUCGUGCGCAGAGUAGCUUGCGAGUUAUUAUUUUUAAAACUGCUAAUCGCAACAAAAGUUAAGCUGCAAGCUGCAACGUAUAAAUAGAUCACUUAGGGAGCAGAACAUCUGAUAUCCUCUUCUCCACAGGGUAAAAAUCUGCCUUGUACAAUGUCUCUUUUGUUCGAAGUAAAUCGUCCGGCUUUUAUCCCGCGUCUGCACUGAGACCCAAGUCCACGGUCAAUGAGACAAAACCCUUGUCGUGUAUUGUACUCUGUGACUUGAUUGUUAAUUUAAUCACAUUCCUAAAGAAUAUUUUCUACCGGUAGUAUUGUAUUAAGUUUUUCCCUGAGUGAAAUUUAUUUUGUGCCACUGGUUGUCUCAGAUGCGUCUUUUGCACUACAUUGAAAAAUAGCGUGAUAUGAGAUGUGAGCAUGCAUGUGUUGUAAUAAUAAACCUUCAUUUAUACACUGUU